UGAUCACUGCCUGUAGUCGGCGAAGAAAGCCGAAGAAGAUCGAGCACUGUUUACUGGUAACAUCCUGUUUUAAGUUUAAGACAACUAGUUAAAAUAAAUACAUUUUUACGAUGUGACGUCAAUUGGAAUGGAUUAUGACGUCACUUUAAGGAAACAUCGCUAUCUGACACUCGGCAGAAGUGAGAGGCUGCUGUCAGCCUCACCGACAUGGGAGCAACGAUGAGUGAGCCGUGCAUCUAUGACAAACUGUCAGAGAGCAUUGACAUCCUUCGCCAGUCGGGCUACAGAUACGGCAUGUCGGAGCGCGAGAUCGAGAGGUUCAUCAAGCAGGUGUUGGAGACCAACGAGCCCCGCAGAGAGCCGCCACAGUUCCCCAUCCUCAGGGCCGCCGUCAAGUUUGUGGUGGUGGCUUGUCUCCUGUUCCUGGUGGUUCUGACCCUGACCUGCCCACAAAGCACGCAUCCUCUGGGUCUGGUCCACCUGGGCUCCUACAAUUGGUCAUCCCCGCUCAGUCACGUCCGCCUGCUGUCCUUGCCCAUCGCCAAGAAGUACAACCUACAAGCGUUCCAUGAGUGGUGGAUCAGCGGCGCGCUCAGGCACAGUCUGGUUAACUGUUCUGGAUGUGCUCAGAUCUCCUCGGUGCUGGCCGUCCCAGAGAGCCUCAGAGGAACCAUCACGCUGCGCCGGGGGCCACAGCUCGUCCUGCUCAAGGGUGGUGACUCUCUGAGCAUACAGCGCCAGCAGCUGGAGGAGCUCUACUUAGGACAUUCAGCGUCCAUGUCCAUCCUGCUGGAGCACGACAGUCCAUUGAAUCAUGAGCUCGGCCUCCCCAAAGGACCCGCCAACUUCUCUCUGCUCUGGAGGUUCAGUUCUGGAACCAGGGAAAAGGUACUGAGGUGGCUUUUCCCAAAGGCGGAGCUCUGCCCCCUGCUGGACAGUGCUGGGACAGUCCUGCAGCGCUGCCUGGUCACACACAGCACCACUUCACACAGCAAGGGUGUAGUGGUUCUGGGUUGGCUGGUGGUGGGAGAGGGGCUGCCCACGGUUCGGGUUGUGCCAGUUCAGCACUGUCAGAAACACUGCAGCUCCUUCAACCUGUGGCUCACCCCGGGAGACAUGGUCUACGCAGAUCCUCGGUACUGGCAGGUGGAACUGUUCCCCAGCAGAGGACAGAACAUCGUAUGUGACGGAUCUGCAUUCUGAGACCACCCACUUGGGCGGAGCUUAUUGGGGGGGGGGGCAAAUGCUCCAGUCUUCAGUCCAACGAUGCCUUAAAUUUAAUCUGAAUCUGAUGUGAUCCGGUCGUAGACACGUGACCACACAACCAGGACGGUAAAGAUUGGAGGGUUGACGACUGCAGCAAAUGUGAUCAUCCAGCCCCAGUGGACAGUCGUGGUACUGCAGGAAAUGAUCUUUUCUCUCUUCUGUCUGUUCAACAGACCAAACGGCGUUCAGACUGUAACAUCGUUACGGUGAGAAUAAAGUCAUCUGAAACGCAUGAGUUCUUCUAGAGAACAAUAAAAGAUUGUAUAUUUACCAAAACUGAGAAUAAAAUGUUGAAAACAAUCUGAUUAAAUUUACAAAAUACUUUGUCGCAUAACAAAAAGCUAAAGAAUGUGACAGAAUUAUUAUAUCUGUGUGAAAUACUGAAUUUUAUUUAAUGAAUUUUUGUGUAAAAUUGCAGAUUUGACAGUUUUUUUAAUGUUUUCCAUAAACACUUAAUGUAACAUUCCAUAGUUAUUAAACCUCAUGAAUGAUUCUCUCACAUUCGUUAAACCUCUUGAGUCUGAUGUAAGUUCUGUAACAUACUAUGCCAGUAUCCUAGCCAUACGAAAGGGAAAAUAAGUGCGUCUUACAGUAGUGUUCAGAAUAAUAGUAGUGCUAUGUGACUAA